AUGGAAAAUUAUAGGCAACACAAUGGAACAGCAACAAACCUAUUAAUACUCCUCAGCUUUGGGAAUCUCCAGGAAUUGAAACUUUUAAUAUUUCUCUUGGUUUUGGCAGUGUAUAUUAUAACAUUGGUAGGAAACUUUCUCAUUUUAAUAGUUGUGUCCAUGGAUAAGAAGCUUCAUACACCCAUGUACUUCUUUCUUGGCAACCUCUCUUUCCUGGAAAUAUGGUACACUGCAAACAUCACCCCCAAGAUGCUGGUGGAUUUAUUGAGGAAGGAGAAAACCAUUUAUUUGGUGGGUUGUUUUAUACAACUGUACAUUUUCUGUGCCUUAGGAACUGUCGAAUGCUUUCUUCUGUUGCUGAUGUCCUAUGAUCGCUAUCUCGCCAUCUGUAAUCCUUUGCACUAUGUCAAGUUGAUGAAUUGGAACUACUGCUUUAAGCUAACUGCUGGGACCUGGUUAUGGGGUUUUCUAUUAGCUGCUGGGUUGAACUUCAUUGUAUCCACAUCCUUAACCCUUUGUGGCCCCAAUCAAGUUGAUCAUUUCUUUUGUGACUUGACACCCUUGUUGAAACUGUCUUGUUCUGACACCCACCCAGCAGAGGUGGCCAUUUUUGUAGCAUGCUUUGCAGUAUCAUUGUUUCCUUUUCUCCUGACCAUCACAUCAUACAUAAAUAUAAUCUCAACUAUUCUCAAAAUCCCAUCUUCCUCUGGAAAGACAAAAGCCUUUUCCACUUGUAGUUCUCAUCUAAUCAUUGUAACCAUUUUCUAUGGGACUCUUGCAAUUACAUAUAUUGUCUCUGUAGGAACUCAGUCAGUGGAAUUAAACAAAAUCCUUUCCUUACUGUAUACUGUUCUGACCCCUAUGUUUAAUCCUAUUGUAUACAGUUUAAGGAACAAGGAUGUUAAAGAAGCCCUAACAAAAUUCUUGGGUAAAGUUUCAGAUUUCUCAUACUGGGCAAAAGCUUUUCAAUUAUACUGA